AUAUCCAGGAGUCCGGUUUUAAGGUGGAUUCCAGCUGCAAGGCCCGGAAAGAGCGCACGGCGUUCACCAAGGAGCAGCUGAGGGAGCUGGAGGCCGAGUUCACCCACCACAACUACCUGACCAGGCUGCGCCGCUACGAGAUCGCCGUCAACCUGGACCUCACAGAGAGACAGGUGAAAGUGUGGUUCCAGAACAGGAGGAUGAAGUGGAAGAGAGUGAAGGGAGGACAGUCGGCUUCUCCCAACGACCCGGAGAACGACGACAUAGACUCGGCCGCCUCGCCCAGCUCUGAAUGAACGAGGGGGGGGGGGGACGCUAAGAGAGAGAGAGAGAGAGCGACCGGGCAUCGAAGGGACACUCGUGCAGCACAAUGCAACGUUUUCUGUGGAAAGAAUCAAACAAUUCCAGAGACUUUUUAUAUUGUUAUUAAUCCCAGGAAGAAAUCACUGAGUAUCUCCUUCGCUGUCAUCUUGUUGUAAAUAGUCGAUCUUUGUGCAUAAGGAAGUGACUCCUGGCGAACAGAGGCCACGUCUUGUUGCAGAGAUGAUACUUGGUCAUUGUAGAUCAGUGACAGAGUCCUGCAGUCUGAUAACUCACAGCAUCAGACGGUGAUGUGAUUGUGUUUGAGGGCAUCCCCUUUGGUUCCAGUUUUGUAAUCAUGGCCUUUGACGCUUGACUACAACCACCUGGGAAAACUCAGACUGCACACGUGUUGCCAAGCCAUAAGUGCCUCCCAAUCUGGUUUUUUUGUUGGUUUUUUUUUUUUGUAUUUUGUUAGUUUCUUUUCCUAGAAUAUAGUUUUUCCUGUCAAGCAUUUUUUACUCUUCCUUUUUUAUACAUUUUGAAUGUUAUUGAUAAAACACAGAUGUUGCCUGUUUCUGCAAAUAGAAUAAAUCAUCUGCUGCAAAACGGGGAAAAUAUCUUGAUAAUUUCUUCCACACGCAACGACGGCGUUACCAUUGGAAAGUCGGUCGAUGUGUUUCCUUGGCUGAAGGCUUCAUCACGUGUCGACUGUUUGGUCCGAUAUUUAUCUGACCGCACUUCCCGAGACUUGAGAGCAAAAUAACCGAGGAGCAGUUUGCUUCCAUUUGCUUUUGAAGUCGACGUUAAAGGUAAUCAAUCAUGAGAGCGUGUUACGUGCGUGUCCCUUUACGCAUGCAAAAGCGUUUUAGCCGAGUUCCACAGAGAUGUGUGGUGAUGAAACCGCUCCAGAGUUCUGCUCAUUGAGAUUUCUCAGACCUUCGUAGUCGGGAUUAAUAACGAACUUCCUGUGGCAGAGGCAGAAAAGUGACCAUGAGAACACGCGUCGCUGCAGAUGACUUAAAGUGAAUUCCACGUCCAUCAGUCUGCUGGGGUCUUCGUGGCGUAACUGCCGUCAUCCACCUGCACAGACCCAUAUACAUACGACAGCGUUUAAACCCUCUAACCCCGAAUGAACGCUAAUAUUUAGCUGUGCAAGCAGAAGACGGUUUGCUAGCACAUUAACAAUGUUGACGAUGUGUUUCUGGCUUGUUUCUCUAUAACCAAGUGGUAAA